AUGGAGUUGAAGGUAUUGGUGAAGGUAGGUUUGUUGCUUUUCCUGAUAGCUAGGGUUCACUGCAACUUUCUAUCCAACUCCUUCAUCACUCAGCUUCUUCCCACUGAAGGUGCUUUUGAGAGCUAUGUGAAAUCCACAACCUCACCAUGUUGUGAUGAAUGUAUCAACAGAAUCCGAUUCCAAGUCACUCAGCAUGCAGAACUUGUUACUGCAUCUGGGAUAACCCUCCUAAGUGUCACUGUGUUGACUUAA